AUGGCAUCAAAAUGCAGUGUUUUAUUAGUUCUUUUUCUGGCUAACAACCUUAUAUUGUUUACCAUAAGUAAUGGUUGUGAAACUUCCCCUACCUCCAAAAGUAAACCAUGGGCAACAUGCCCUAGAGACACCUUGAAACUAGGAGUGUGCGCCAAUCUUCUUAGGGGGUUGAUUAGUGUUGAGGUGGGUUCGCCACCAGUAAAGCCUUGCUGCUCUCUUAUCCAAGGACUUAUCGACCUUGAGGCUGCUCUCUGCCUUUGCACUGCCAUCAAAGCCAACGUGUUGGGUAUCAAUCUCGAUGUACCACUGUCUCUCAGCUUGCUACUUAAUGCUUGUGGCAACCAAGUCCCAAGUGGCUUCCAGUGUGCCUGA